UCAGUCUGAGCCAAGCAAUCACGAUGUCCAGCGAAGACGAGAAAGAGAACAAGAAGGCCUGGGAGAAGGGUGGCGCAAAGUACAACAGCAAAUCAUACAGCGAGUACUUUGAUCCUUGUCAAGAAGCCGCCGAUAGAAGUUUGAGGUGUCUGAGAAGAAAUGGCGGUGACAAGACUUUAUGCUCAGACUACUUCGAAGCAUACCGCGAGUGUAAGAAGCAAUGGAUGGCAGAGAUGAAGGAGGAGAAGAGAAAGCAAGGCAGAUGGUGGUGAAGAACCACGCCAACACACAACUAAAGAUACCCAUUCGACUCCUUACCAAAACUUUGUUACACCUUCUUCAUCGUUUUACUCACACAGUCCGACUUCUGGAGAUCUGGAAGACAUUCCAGUCACAGUUUUGAAAGUGGUCUUGGCCAACCGCGUGUACUCGAGUAUGCGACCUUACUCA